CGAAAUCUACGAAACAAAAUCCCACCGCAUCAGCACAACUACCAUCACCACCUCCAGCAUGAAAUCUGCGACCAUACUCAGCGCUUUCGCCCUGUGUGGCACUAUCGUGUCUGCACUACCAGCCAGGCUUCCCUGGGCUACUGCGCUUUCGCAUACCCCACGCGCAGUCAGCAAGUGCCAUAUCCGCGACUGCCUUGAAAAAUGUGGAAAUAGUAAUGUCUGCAGCACCAUUUGAUGAGGCAAGAUCAAGGUAUCUCAGAA